UCUGACAAUCCCUAAACAAAUAAUUUACUUUUCAGUUCAUAACACUGCGUUCAGACUUCUGUUGUCUAGAUAUUGUAACGGAAGGCCACAGGGACCUAGGAAUUUGAUACAGCUGUAUUUACCGAAAGUCGAUUUAAACCCCCAAAACAUCAGAAACUGGAUAAGAAGGCAAGAUGACACGUCAUUCCAAAAACUGCACAGCAGGAACUGUGUACUCCUACCAUGAAAGGAAAAGAGAUACAUCCUCUUCAGGUUAUGGCACCAACAAAAUGAGACUGGGCAAAGACUCUGUCAAGGAGUUUGAUUGCUGUUGCCUGACACUCCAGCCGUGUAAGAAUCCAGUCUUAACGCCAGAGGGAUACCUAUAUGACAAGGAGGCAGUUUUAGAAUUUAUUCUUCAUCAAAAAAAAGAAAUUGCAAAGCAACUGAAGAAGUUUGAUAAACAAAAAAACAGAGAACAGGAAGAACUUAAAGAAUUGGGACGAGCAGAGCUGGCAUCUAAGAAACAAAGUUUACAGAUCAGUAGUCAAGCCCCCGGGGCAGCAGCUAAACAGCAAGCUGCAGCAGCAAGUAGUAUCUCCAAUAUGGGUUCUUCAAAAUCAAAAGAGCUGCCUAGCUUUUGGAUACCAUCUAUGACUCCUGCUGCCGGACCCAGCAAAGUGAAAAAACCGGAUGAAAAGGUCAAGUGCCCAAUGAGCGGAAAGCCGUUACGCCUCAAAGAUCUGAUUACAGUGAACUUCACAGAUAUCAUGGACAGAGAUUCCAAGACAGCCCUGAUCACUAAACAGGCGAGAUAUGUGUGUGCUGUAACAAAUGACGUCCUUGGUAACUCUAUACCCUGUGCUGUCCUCAGGCCAUCGGGAAGUGUGGUAACUAUGGAGUGUGUUGAGAAGAUUAUAAAGAAGGACAUGCUGGACCCCAUUAAUGGUGCCAAGCUCCGUGAAAAGGAUAUAAUACAGUUACAAAGGGGUGCCUCUGGUUUCGCAGCUGCAGGAAACAAAUUAGAAGCUAGAAAAGAAGGAGCUGUGCUUAUGGCCUAGAGUCCUAGUACGAUACCAAUAGACAGAACAGACAAGAUCCCACAGCUUGAGUCUGUCUAAUCUGUGGAGGUGACAUUCAAUUACUGAAGAUAUAGCAUUUAACUGUUAAAGGUCAAUGUCAACCUGUGACGGGUACUUAAAGGUCAAGGUCAACCUGUUACAGGUACUUAAAGGUCAAUGUCAACCUGUGACGGGUACUUAAAGGUCAAUGUCAACCUGGUCAUAGUAGGAACGAAAAAGUACAAAUAUUAUUUUAACAAAGUUAUUAAAAUGAACCUGAUACCUGUAUAAGCCAUCAUUAACAGGUAAAAUUAUCAUCAAGUUUACAUGUUAUAUAAAAGUACCAGUUUUUAAAUUAAUUUUUUAGAUAGUUUGUUUUAAUAAGGUUGGGAGUGAAGAUUGAAAGAAGAAGAAGAAGAAUGAAAGAAAGAAUGGAAUGUAUGAAUUGAUUAUGAUUAAGCAUUAUUUACAAGACAAAGCCAUUUAUGUUUAUAAUCAUUUUAUUUGUCAUCAACGUGUACAUCAUUUGAAUGUAAAAAUAAAUUUUAAAAGGAA